ACUACUGCCUUUCUGAAACGACUUUUCUUCCUUAACAAAGACCAAAACACUAGGAACAAAAUCCUCAAAAUCUCCAUUCAAACUCGCUUCAUCACACUCCAAUUCUGCAGAUUCAGCCAUGGAUGACGACAGUGAUCGGAGUUCUGAAGCAAUUGAAUUGGAAAAUUUAACAACACAAAGAAAGAGGCACAGUGACAACGACGAUGCUGAAGAUUCCGGCACCGUAAAUGAAGACGAAUUCGAUGACGAUGAGACUGAUGAUCAGAGAGAGGUUAGUGAAUUGGAGACUUCGCCCAUGGAAAUCGACGCAUAUUCUCGAACUUGUCAAUCUGAAACCCUAGUAUCUGGCUUGGCGGAGGUCCCGAUACAGUAUGAGAUGCGAAAGGAUGAGUUGGAGCACUUGAAGAAUCAACUUCAAGGGAGUCACCAAGAAGCCCUUGCAAUUGUUAUAGCCAAAGCUGCUCAAUCUCAAUCAGGAAGCAAAAUCCAAAUACCCAUAAUUCCAUCUUUACCCUCAGAACUAUCACCAAUUUCAAAUAUUCCAAAAUCAAAUUCACAAGGAGAGAUUCUCUCAAUAGAAGGGAACCCUAUUAAAUCAGACCACAAAACCAUAUCAACUUCAAGAACUGUGAAAACACCAAUUGAUGGGUACAACUGGCGAAAAUAUGGUCAGAAACAAGUGAAGAGUCCGGAAGGUUCUAGAAGCUAUUACAAGUGCACAUACAAUGAAUGUGAAGCUAAAAAGAUUGAAUCUUGUGAUCAAUACAAUUCCAUCACGAAAAUAGUUUAUAAAGGCCAACACAAACAUGAACAACCUAAGAAAGUGUUCACAAGGCGAGGUAAAGUCUUAUCAUCUUCUAAAGGGCAAGAACGUAAAUUUACAUCCAAGCUAUGUAAAUCAAGUGGGUCCGUUAGUAACGGUCCGAUUUUAGUUGAAGAGAUGGAUGCACCACCACCAAAAAGGAGAGUGAAGAAAAACAGCAUGGCAAGUCCUGGAUCGGUUUUGAAGGCGCCAAAAAAACCAAAAUUUGUUGUGCAUGCAGCUGGUGAUGUGGGAAUAUCAGCCGAUGGUUAUAGAUGGAGGAAAUAUGGACAAAAGAUGGUCAAAGGAAAUCCUCAUCCAAGGAAUUACUACAAGUGCACAUCUGCGGGGUGUCCAGUUAGGAAACACAUAGAGAUGGCAGUUGAUGGUUCAUCUGAAGUAAUUUUAACAUACAAAGGAGUCCAUGAUCAUGACAUUCCAAUUCACACAAAACACAUCAAUUCCCCUAAUGCUAAUGCUAAUGGUAUUCUUCUCACUGCUGUUUCUUCCCCUAAUCCCGACAUUGUUACUUAACUUUUAGUUUAAUUUCUCCUUUGUUUGUUUAAUAAGAUCUAUAUUUAUAUAUUUCGUUUUAAUUAAAUAAAUCAUAAAUGUAAAUGACUAACUCCCCCGUAGGUCUAGUGGGUUUGAGGAAAUUGUAGCGUAGGGUAUAUUAUAUAAAGGUAAGA